GUCCCCUUCAAAAUAUCUUUCUCCGAUAGAAAAAGUUUGUCAUCUUCUUCAAAAUCGGGCGAUCUUAAAGAGGCUUUGGGCGGCGCUGCAGAGGAGAGAGAAGCACCAUCACCGCCUUCGACGUCGAACCCACGGCAGUCUUAUAUAGAGCCGUGGCGUUGGGUCAGGGCGGAGGAAGCUUCCAGACAGAUUAUUCAGAAGGUCUGCCAACGUCUGUCUCCGCAGAGUGGAGGCGAGCGGUCUUCGAUAUUGUUCAGAGGUUGCUCAGGGGAACUCUAGGACUCGAGAUUUCAAAUUUGUGGUAAUAUUGAGCUAGUGAUGUAUCUUGAAUGCAGCAUACUUCUAUCAGCUGGGUUAAUGAUGCAACACGAUGCAGACCUUUUUGGUGGCUAUUUCUCUGUGAUUGUGAAUGAUUGGUAAUCCUAUUUCAGGUUAUGAAGUUGGAUUUCAAUCCCCUUUGAUUUUUUUAUUCGAUUCAAGGUAUUUUGGGUAUCGUAUUUAGUGUUCACCUCGCGACUUCGGAUUAUGCAUCUUUGCUUGGUUUUGGGCUAACUUUUGUGGAUUCUUUGCUGAUUAUUUGAGAGGUUGUUCAUGUUAACAACACUUCUUUUAAUUGUGCAUUCAAGUAUUGAGUUGGAGGAAUGAAGUGUUGUUCUCUGUGACGGACCUUCUGCCCUUCGAACUGCUGUUCAUGCUGUUCUUUUUGUGGAGUGUGUGACUUAUGUUUUUGGGUGUUUAUGCUGUGAUUUUUUUGGAAGAGCAUUUGCUGCAACUUUGGUGAAAUUCCUUUGGACGACCAUGGUUUACUGCAUUUUUCCACUGGACAGUGGAGAAUGCUACUGCAAAUUGGUCUUGCUGUUGCUCACCUGGAUAUGUUUUGAACCAUGCUUUGAGUGAUGAAUUUACUGACCACUGGGGUUCAAUCCAUGAAGAAUACAUUGCCUGUGGUGCUGUACCCAUAAACUGCAUAAUGGCCAGUUGUCCCCGCUACCCCCCCUAAUGGUUAUGGCAGAGCCUACUAGGGAUGAUUUGGGGUAGAGGAACUGACCAAUGCUUGAAGGAAAGUGUAGAAUCCGUGGCAUGCUAUAUAUUCCAUGUGAUUAUCUUGUGAUGUGAGUUUGAUUUUGGAUCUUGACUACUACGCGAACUGGGAGAAUGUUUUGCACCACCGGGUAGGGCUGUUGCUGACCCACAAGUGGCCGUGGGCAGCAUAUGGAUUACCUACAGUAUUUUUUGGCAAUGCUUGAGUUGCUGCCCAGAUUUUGCAGCUGGUUUGGAGCUUCUAUUUUGCAUAAUUCCAUUGGAAAGCUUCUGUUUUGGAUACGAGGGGCUGAAGAUUGGAAAACCUCUGACCAAGGAGAUCCUGCUGUUUUGGCCUUGGAAAACUGCCAUUUCUAUGUUCCUUUGUACGUUUGGGCUGGGAAAUAGAGCUAGAAGUGCUUGAGCAGCUGUUUUGGACUUGGAAAGAUGUUUUGGGCUGCACAUGGAUGAAAGGAAGUGUUACUGAUUUUGUAUUUUGAGCUGAUUUUGUUUUGGAAAUUGGAGUAUGGAUUUGGGCAGCGUGGGUGUUGAUUCCUCCUGUUGGUCCUCGGUUUUACCUCAUUCUUGGAGGUAAUAACCAAUUGGGUCCUGCUGGUAGGCCGUCCUUUGUCUCUUCUUGACCCUUUCGGUUGGGGUAUUUGGAAGAACUUGGGUUAUCUCGGCCAACAAGUGGAGCUUGUAGCUGACUGGUUUGCCAUCUUCUUUUUGCUUUUUUUUCUUUUAUGAGUGAGAUUGAUUGAUUGUAUGAGUUCCUAAUUCCUUUUGUGUGUAGCGGGACAUUACACAGCCUGUCCAUGUACUUUUUAUUUUCUUUUAAUAAAAGUGUUUAUUUUUU